ACGGGACGACGAUGUUGUUGUUGAAGAUUGUUGUUGUUGUUGUGUUGUGGUGACAGCCAGUACACACACGAGCAGAAGGAUUAGGCCGGUCCAAACGUUAACUGACUGUUCAGUUUCCUGCAAAUUUAGUCGUCGUCUUAGAACAGGUCACAAGAGUUCCGUGUCGCUGAACACUGCCAAAUGGCAUCUCGCAAGAACGCGGUGCUGCUCGAUGUGGACCCGUCCAUCCUGGAGAACAAUCUGCUGAUUACAGAUCCUGACGGAGGCCUUGAUUCCCUGUUUCCCAAGGAGUCCGGCCCUCAAAGCAAAGUUGUAAAUCCUAUACCAGGUCUGUGCCUCAAGCUGCGGCUCGCCUCCGAGGACCACGGCAAGGUGUUCAUCAACCUGUGCCACACCCAGGACAUCCCCGCCCCCGAGGACAUCAGCGACGAGCGCCUCGUGGAGCUGUGGAACACGACGACGGGCACCUGCGACUACCGCGUGCCGCUCAGCAUCGGGGAGCGCCGAGCCGAGCCGGACAAGUCGGGGAAGCCGGCGGACGUGUACGAUGUGGCCAUCAACACCACCUUCUUCGGCAAGAUCGAGACCAACAACAUCUUCCGCAUGUUCCUCAUCGACGUCAUCAUGCAGGGCAUCGAGGACAAGUUCCACAUCGAGCUGGACAAGGAAGACUAUGUGGUGAUGAAGAACCGACGAGCCAUGGGCACCAUCCCCGGGCACAGGGUGCGCGUCAAGGACAAGAAGGACGGCUCCAAGCCCGCCACGCCUCUGGUGCAGGAGCUGGGGACUCGGUACCUGGAGCCCGCCGUCGGCGGCGACGCAGCGAGGAGGGACCUCGCGGCGGCCAGCGACGCGGUGAAGCCGCAGUUCCGGCUCCUGAAGCAGGUGACUGGUGGAGUUGCUUCCAGUGUAGUCGCCCAGGUUCAUCUCCCGUUGUUGGUGUCUGCUGGAGACAUAACUCUUGAUAUUGGUGAAGAUCGCCUGGUUUUGAAUGGGGAAACACGUGCCACCAAGUACCACCUGGACGUAUUUUUACCACAUUGUGUCCUUCAGAAGUGUGCCACAGCUCAAUUUGAUGGGGUGUCCAAGAUUCUCUCUAUCACCAUGCCUGUUCUCCAAGCAGCGUAAUAUUUCAUAUUAUUACCAAGUCAUUGUCAACCUUUAAGUCAUUUUUUUCCCAAACACAUUUGUUGUUACGGUAUUCUUUUCUACAUUGAGUCCAUGCACUCUGUCCUGACAGCAUCUACAAAUACUUGUGAUAUUAGAAUAUAUGUGCCUUAACAUGCAUGUCUUGUGGAUUUGUUUUGGAAUAAAUUAAUUCUUUUUUUUGUAA